GUCCAGCUGAUUGUUGCUGUCACGGAUAUUGACAUUUCGUACGACGUCUGGCUAUUUGCAAUGUUUUUUCUCUAACGUUUUCGAGAAUAAUUAACUGUUAAAGAUGAUAUCUAUGAUAUCGAAAAGUUGUAGUGCUUUUGAUAGACCGCGAGUUUUUUCGUUUGUGCGUUGUCUUACACAAAAUUGUACAGGAUUUAAGGAUUUCGAGUUGACCAGCUCCACAAAAGUUCAAAUUGAAAGUCAUUGGCGAGACCAUAUUAAUAAGAUACAUUUCGAUCCACUCAAAGCAUGUGAUAAGUUCUAUGUGCUGUCCAUGUUUCCCUAUCCAUCCGGAAAUUUACAUAUGGGACAUGUUCGCGUUUACACUAUAAGUGAUGCAAUGGCUCGUUUCCAUCGAAUGAAUGGAAAAAAUGUUUUCCAUCCAAUUGGAUGGGAUGCAUUCGGAUUGCCUGCUGAGAAUGCCGCAAUCGAAAGAAAAAUUGAACCUGCCAUUUGGACUAAGCAAAACAUUGCACAGAUGAAAACACAACUACAAUCGCUUGGAUGUUCAUUCGAUUGGGCCCAUGAGUUAUCAACUUGUGACGAAAAGUAUUAUAGAUGGACGCAGCAAUUGUUCUUAAUGCUGUAUAAGGAUGGAUUGGUGUAUCAGAAGGAGGCGCUCGUCAACUGGGAUCCAGUUGAUAAAACAGUUCUUGCCGACGAACAAGUUGAUUCGAAUGGAUGCUCCUGGCGUUCAGGGGCUAAAGUGCAGAAAAAAUUACUGAAGCAAUGGUUCAUAAAAACUACAAAAUUUGCAAAAUCCCUUCUCGAGGGUUUGGACGAUCCUAUCCUUCAAGAUUGGCGUGAUAUCAUCAACUUACAAAAGCAUUGGAUUGGAGAAUGCAACGGCUACGAUUUCCACUUAAAGCUUCUCUCAGAUGACAGUGCGCACGAUAGUCAUAGUUUACGAAUCUGGACAACCAAUCCAGAGUACUUAUUGGACCCUAAUGCAUUUGUCGUGAUCAAAUCGGAUCAUUAUUUAACGAAAUUUCCAAAUAUUUAUCAACUAGAAAAUCCAUUCACUGGGAAAGCGAUGAAGAUAAUAUGCCAUGACGAUGUCUUUUUCCCGGACUUUUGUGAUGUUUAUUUUGCAGCCCCAAAUUUAUGCCAACGCGAUAUGGACUUGGCGAACUUCUUAUCAAUGCCCACUGAAAAAUAUUCACCAGACAUGAACACUAUUCGCGAAAAUCGAAAAUACGUUUUAUCACGAGCCCAGAAGUUAAAUAUUGGCGGGUAUCCAGUCAGUUCAAAACUUCAAGACUGGUUGAUAUCACGUCAGCGGUUCUGGGGCACACCCAUUCCCAUAAUUAAUUGUGACAGCUGCGGCCCGGUGCCGGUUGAGGAAAGAGAACUGCCCGUUUUGCUACCUGAGAAAAAUCCAGCGAAUGAGUUUGAAGAAAAGUUUGUGCGAUGCCCGAAAUGUGGAAAUGAAGAAGCUAAAAGAGAAACCGAUACCAUGGACACUUUUGUGGACAGCUCGUGGUACUUCGCAAGAUUUUUAGAUCCAAAUAAUAUUCACGAAAUUUUCAACAAGAAUCUCGCAAAAAAGUGUAUGCCAGUCGAUUUGUAUAUUGGAGGCAAAGAGCAUGCUGUAUUGCAUCUGUAUUAUGCGCGGUUUAUAAACCAUUUUUUGUAUAGCAAAGGAUGGGUACCACAUCCUGAACCAUUCACCCGAUUGUUGGUUCAAGGAAUGGUGAAGGGACGAUCGUUUCGAGUACAAAGUUCUGGAAAAUAUUUGAAAGAAUCAGAGGUGGAAAUUCUUGAUGCAAAAAGGAAUAAGGCGAUCGAGAAAUCCACUGGUGAACGUGUCGUUAUAGCUUGGGAGAAAAUGUCGAAAUCGAAAAUGAAUGGAGUUGAACCCACAGAGAUGAUUUCCCAGUACGGGUGCGAUACAACACGAUUAAUUAUCUUAGCUGACGUUGCUCCGAUGUCACAUAGGAACUGGUCCACGACGACUUUCCCCGGAAUACUGAAUUGGCAAAAACGAUUAUGGCUUACAAUUAAUGAUUUCUACAAUGUAAGAAAUGCUCCUGAACUCGACAUUCCCAAGGGUGAGAAUAUUGAAUCCGAAGACUGCAAACUGUAUGACGCCAGAAACUACUACAUCAAAGGCGCCACAUUUCACUACAGAUACACCCAUCAGUUGAGCGUAGCCAUUUCAAAAAUGCAGGGACUUACAAACUCCCUACGAAGAACACCGAAAGAUGUAAUUAAAUACGGCAAAGAAUACGAACGUGCAUUGGCUUCACAAUUAGUUAUGCUGGCUCCCAUGGCACCUCAUUUUGCGUCAGAAUUAUGGGCUAAAUUUGUGUCCACCCCCAAUCGGAUUAAUGAGGAUUCCGAGGAUAUCAAGUGGACAGACGAUGUACUCGAACAAAUGUGGCCAAAUGUUGAUAUGGAGUAUAAUUUGGAUUUAAUUAUAAAGGUGAACGGAAUCGAAAGAGCUUCAGUUAAAAUUCCCCGUCAAAAACUGGACAGGAUGACCUACGAAGAAGUGCUGGAAACUGCUUUGAAAGUUGAAGCGGUGACGACAUUCAUUGGAAACAAAAUAAUUCGAACCAGCAACUAUGCUUCGUAUCCUGGAUGCGAUGGAGUGUUAAAUAUAUAUUUGGAUCGUCCGUUGGAGGAGAAAGUGAGCAAAAAAGGCUCGGUCGGAGAGGAAAUUUCACAGGCGAUUAAAUAAUAACAAAAGCGAAUAUUGUUUGUAAAUUAUUGUGUAAUUUCAAAUUGAUAUAGACGUUCGUUUUGUGAUAAUUCUUUGUUAGUUUUUUAAAUAAAUUGUUUGUAAGAGUAGA